AUGAAAGUAGCUUUGACGAUCAAUAUCUGUACAAAUGAUAGUAUGGUUAAUAGAGCCCAGGGAACACUUUAUGAAAUAGUAUACGAUGUUACAUUAUUAAUUAUAAAGAACGUAAAUGACAAAGAAGAAAAAAUUAUCAUUUUUAACAAACCUCCCAAAUAUAUAAUAAUAGAAAUUCUCAGCCAAAAACCAAAUACAUACGAUGGUCUUCUGCUAAAUUAUAGGAAACAAUUACCUAUCACUCUAGCAUUUGCGAUAACUAAAUUUAAAUAUCAAGGUGCUACAUUAAAAAAAGCAAUCGUUGAUCUAGAUGGUGGAAACAAAAGGGUGGGUAUUUAUGUAAUAUUAUCACGAGUACAAAAGUUAGAAGAUAUCAUGAUACUUCAACCUUUUGACUGGUCUAAACUUAAUGUUACUAUAGAUUCUAACCUUAAAAAAGAACUUAAACGUUUUGAAAAACUCUUAAAAAUUAGUUACAUGGCCUAA